AUGUUAAACUAUGUAGAUUUGUUUGGUGAUACCAAAGAAUGUUUUGAAGAUGAUCGUUAUUUACGAAAAUAUAUUUAUCCGUUAAAAACAGUCGAUGUAAAAUUUGAUUGUACAGUUGGUGAGAGUACGUUUGAAUUACAAGGACAAAACAAAAAUAUAGAUAGUCUGUUAUGGUGGCUUUUGAGACACAAAAAUGAAUAUUAUCAAAAUGGAAGGUACCCACGUUCAAAUCACACUGAAGUCAUGUAAGUACAAGUUGUUUUCUUCCUCUAUUUCGCCACUCUACUGGGUUAUAUAAUCGUUUGUAUGCAUAUCUAUGCAUCCAGACAUGUACCAGAAUUUAAUCUGAUGCUGAAGUUAAUUUUUUUUCAUUUUAAUUGAUUUUCACAGAAUACAAACGCGUUCAAAACUAACGCGUUUGAACGGUCAAAAUGCAUCCUGAUAAACGCGUCAGAAAUUAACGCACAUCAACGCGUUUUUUUGCCAGAAAACGUUUACCUGGGUAAAUUUUCCAUACACCCCUAUCGUCUUUCUCUUUUGUUCAUAACUCAGUAAUGGAAAAAGCUUUUGACAAGCGGUUUGCAUCAAAAUAUUCUCCGCUCUCUCUAGUAUAUUUGUAGAUAAAAAAGUUAGAAAUAUUGCGUGUGGGAAAAAAAAUUCUGAUUAUACCAUUCGAAAGAAGGUCCAAAACUGAGUAAGAUAAAUAUAGUGUGGAACUUAACUGAGAGAAUUUAAUCUAUCUUUUAAUAUUUGAGAUUUUGAGGCUAUUUUUGACU